AUGGCACCUACCCUGUUCCUCGAGGCAGUACACUCGCUGGCCAAGCGUGGUGAUGACGACAUUGCAGGCAUUCCCAAGUGGGCUUUGGUCUUCCUCAUCAUGAUCGGUGGCGGCGUGCUCGUCGUCAUCGUCUAUGGCCUCGCCAGGUUUAUGUUCCCUGAGAAGGAGAACAUGAAGCCAGUGGGGGCGGAACAGGCCGACUAUAUGCGCGAAGUCAGAGCGAGGAAUCUGAACAACCUGUUGGCACAGUCUGUGCCCAGAAGCCACGGCCCUUCUAGACUUCGACAGUCAAACACUAGGUACGACUUGGGGGGAACCAAAACCAAUCGCCAGGCUGGACAGGCGACUGAUGCGUUGAACAGUUACGCCGAAGGAUCCACGAGAUAA